CCCCUUCCGUCAAAUUAUCCCAUUACGUCUGACAUAAACAACCCAAAGUGCCGCUUCUGAUUGGCUGGCAGAAGGGUCACGUGGCCCGUGCGGCCGUCCGUCUAUUUGACAGCCGCAGGAUGGCUUGGUGCCAGAGGGGGAAAAAGAGACACAGAGAGGGGAGAGAAAGAAAAAUUAGUAUUCUCCUACCAGCUUCGCUAUAAAUCAAUCAUGGAGUCCUACGUGGUGAGCUGUAAAUAUGCUGAGCCGCAGUUCCCGCCUUGUGAAGAAGAUUACAGUAAUUUUAGUGACCAAGGGGGGUAUUAUAACAACCCUCAGGACAGUGGCAGUUAUGGAAGGGGCUUCCAACCCAUGCAGCCCCCUCCGCCUCCAUACACACCACAACAAACCGGUUAUCAACACUCAUUGCAGGGUCAGCACCGGGAGGAUGGCGAGGAGAUCUCGCAGCACCAGGAUGCGCCUUUCCCCGGAUUCAGAGAGACAGACGCCUCCAGGAAGGACAGGUUCCCUGUGGGUGACCUGCAGUGCCAGACCUGGAUGACCUGUGCGAAGCCCGUUCAGGUGCAGAGGAGAACGGCCUGCCAGAGCAAAGACAAGCCGCCUAUUGUUGUCUACCCGUGGAUGAAGAAAGUGCACAUCGCUCACGUUAAUCCAAACCACGUGGGACCAGAGCCAAAGCGGCUGCGGACGGCCUACACGCGCCAGCAGGUGCUGGAGCUCGAGAAAGAGUUCCACUUCAGCCGUUACCUCACGCGCCGCCGCCGCGUGGAGGUGGCCCACACGCUCUGCCUGUCCGAGCGCCAGGUAAAGGUGUGGUUCCAGAACCGGCGCAUGCGCUGGAAGAAGGACAACAAGCUGCCCAAUACCAAAGGAAGGAGCAAAAACAAGAGAGCAACGGACGACAACAACAACAACAACAGCAGCAGCAGCAACAACAACAGCGGCAGUGACAGCAGCGUCAGCAGCAGCAGCAGUAGUAGUAGCAGUAGCAGCAGCAGCAGCAGCAGUGUCCUGAAGGCGGUGAUAACUGUGUAAAAAAAGCCUGUUUGGCCGCUUGAGUCAGCCAUUUUAGCACCUUCACCCACCAAAACUGAUGUUGAAUUCAUUCAUCCAAGCUCACUGGUCCUGAAACAAUUCCUAACUGCUUUGAAAGCGUCCAUCCAUAGACCAGCAAAGGCUUUAAAACACGUCAGUGUAUUUUUGCCUCCGAUUUGUUUUAUUUUUCUACUGUACAGAUUUAAUUCAUUAAGAGAAAGUCGUUGGUUCUUUCACUUGAGUCUGCAAUUAAUGAUUAACCUAUUUUAUUAUCAGUUAUUUUUCCCCUCAGUUAAUCAAUUAACCCUUUAGUAUAUUGAAAGUCAGAAAACCAAAUUAUUAUUAAUACAGUCAAAUUAUUAUUAUGUUCCUGCUCGUAGUAAAUGAUUAAAGGAAGUUGUUAAUGGUCUGACAUUCCUGGUGCAAUUAAAUAAAGUGUUUCAAGUUUAGACACAAACAGCACACGGAGGCAUGGUGUCUAACCAAACUCUCUCCAUCUGCGGUGAAUGAAGGUAGAUUGUGUCUUUUGGAGAAAACAGGGUUUUAUUUCGACAGGGUAAAUAUAAUACAGGGUUGUUGUUUUUUGUUUUUUUUUUAAAUAAUAGAUACCUUAAAGAUAAAAUAGACUAACUUAUGAAUAUGCACAUUACCAAAAUGUUGUCUCCACAGAAGGCGAAAAGAAAUAACAAAAAAAUGACCAGAAACACCAAAAUGCUGACCUGCAGAUUGGUUGGACAAUAACGUUUUUAGCUUUUAUUUUGUACAUAUAGAGAAGCUUCGAGAACAAAGCAUUAAUUAGGACAAGUAGCCAUAUUCAGAUUUCUAUUUCCAUAAGGUAAACAAGUGUUUUAGGGGAGCAGUCACAUCUAUUUGUUCUAUAGAAUCGACUUAAACACAGCCAAAUUGGAUAUACAGGUUUAUUACAUGUACGAUAGUGACUGUAGGUCCGACAUAUGUUCUCAGGGUUACAGGGUUUUUAACAUGUACAACUUUCUGAAAUGUUCUAGUUUAAACCAGCACCGAGAGUUUGUUUUCUUCUUUAAUUAAAUCUCUUUGAAUAAGGGCAACGUUGCAUUUUCAAAGAGUGUGUUCUCUGUUUGAUUCCAGUUUAAUAUGCUAUUGAUUUGUAUUUUAGCUUAUACGCCAGUACUUACUUUUAUUUUUGUAUCAUUUAGAUACAUAUUUUAUUCCUGUAGCAAACAUCGUCUCUGUCCUUUUGUACGCGUUCGUUUUUUUGGAUAAAAAAAAAAUACAAAAAUGUUUGUGAAUAAAAAAAAGUUUAUAUGUGCAAAUGUUUUUAAUA